AUGAAUUGCGCUGCUGGCGAUUCCUGCGCGAGUGUCCCAUCGCUGUCCGCUGCGCCCUCUAUGGGCAACGGCCUCCCCCAUGCGCGCACCACGCAUCACGCACUCGCCCAUACCUAUACUGUACAUCUCGAGGCCCUCGACUGCAUUUACACGAUAGCGCUGUGGCCGCGGCAUCGGUUAACGCAGGAGAUCCGCCGCGAGCCCCUGUUUGCCGCCGCUGCUGUCAUCGCCGCUGCCAUCACCUGCACCUGCAGGAGCCACCACAACAAAGAACAAAAAAAUAGCAUCGCAUCAUCGCCUCUCCUCCCCUGCUCCGCAGUCUGGGGCGCCGGCAUCUCUCAACAGAAAGAACUGUUGGCGGUCCCAACGGCUACUGGUUACGGCCGCUAUAAUUCGUACCGUAGUAGGCCUACCUCAGACUCGACCUAUAUCUGCGUGUGCAUCUUCGACUCUUCCGGCUUCCACCACCACCACCACCGUUACCACCACAAUUACCAACCGACGUCGUGGUGGCCGCGGUGGUGCUGGCAGUGGACGGUGGCAAGAGGCUCUUACGCCAGCAUUGUCCCCAGAAUCAGCCAUCGGCACCCGCGCGAAUUGAAGUCGCAAACGCAAACGCAAACUCAGUCGCAAUCGAGCCCGAGUCCGGAUCUGGACCCGGAAUCAAACGCCGUCGCCAUGAUGGACGUCGACACCGUCAACGAGGUCAUCGAGUGCGUCGGUCGCCUCUUUGACCACAUCCCCUACGCCGUUUGUGGUACCGCCGCCCUCAUCUACUACGGCUACCGCUCCUACUUUCCCGACCACAUCAGCAUCACCUGUCCCGAAGAGUCCAAGGAAGCCAUUCGCUGCUGGGCGCUGGCCAAGGGCAUGACACCGUUGCCCGACAAUCCCGACGGCUUCAGCGUGCGCGUCGCCAGCGGCCGCACCUGUCCCGUGUGCAUCAAGUUCAUGAAGAACGGCUUCGAGGCGCUGGAGCGAGUACGCGUUGGCCCUGGCCAGGCAAGCAUGGUGACGUUGCCUAGUAUCGCCAACACCAUUGCCCGCAGCUACGUCUCUCGCCUACACAACUCGUCCACCGAGCGCCAGGCCCUCUAUGCGCGGUACUUGGCCUGGAUCUUGAAGCGCAUGGCCGAGGUCCCGCCAACCGAUCCGAUACAGCGCUUUACUCCGGAACGCGCCAAAGACAUUAUCAAUCGAUCUUUCUGGAUCCCCUUUACUCUCUCUUAUCCCGAGACUUUGCCUCUAUUUUCCGCUGCCGGCCUCGACAUCCCAAGCGAUGGCGGAUUAUUGGACGGGUUAAUGGACUGGCAGAUUGACGUCCCAAGCGUGCCGGUCCAACGGCCGAGGGCCAGGACGUCCACCAGCCGUUACAACCUCAACAAUUCCCAUGGCCGCAGCCAAAGCCAAAACUUUGCCAAUACCUACAACUACAACUAUAGCCAGAGCCAGACCCGCCAGAGCCUUCACGACUCGGAUCUUUCAGAAUCCGAGAAUAGCACUACGCCGCCAUCUCUCCGUAGGGUCACCAAACGGAUACCGAGCUUUCGUCCACUAAUGGUACCUUCAUUCAACUCACCGGCGAAUUCCGAUUCAGGAUACUCCCAUUCCACCGACGGCAUGUCACCGCAGUUUCUUCUUGCUUCUCCCUUCAUGUCGCCCACCACCUUCAUGUCGCCCACGACAGCUAUGGCACCACCGCCGUUUACGAAUUAUCAUCAGAACUAUCCCCAGGACUACCAUCAGAACUACCAUCAACACUAUCAUCAGAACUAUCAUCAGAACUACCAUCAGAACUACCAUCAAAACUACCAUCAGAAUUACCAUCAGAAUUUUCAUCAAAAUUUCCAUCACUUUAUGCCCCUCUCUCCUUCCGACUCUACGCCCUUUAUCCAACCGUUAGGCCCUCCGCCUACGCCAAGGAGAACACUCUCAACUCGUUCCCGCGACGUAAGACCGUGGAUAUGAAUCAAAUGAACACGAAUUUCCUUUAUUAUGCGCUAUUUGAGCGUUUGAGAUACACACACCCGCACAAACAGCUAUUUUACAGCGUUUGGACUC